AUGGCACCACAUUUCAGGGCUUCCUCCAGGCUAACCGUGCCGAAGCUCGAGAUCAACUUUGACACACCGAACCGGGAUCGCUUUCUGCGGGAGCAGUUUCCCGAUCGGCAGUACUACACGGUUCUCGGCCGGGGAAGCUACGGAGUGGUGAUAAAGGCACAGUACAAAGGUAAACCGGUGGCGGUGAAGAUCGUGGAAAAACAUAGGAAAUACCGCUGCCGUCACGAUUCCCUUCGGAAUGAGUCCAACAUGUUAAACCGAAAGCAUGGUAAUAUAGUGCGAAUCCUCAAGAUCAUAUCCGGGGCUCAGUAUGGGUUGGUUAUUAUGGAACGUUUCGACGGACAUUGUUUGCAGAAUAUAUUGAAUCAAGAUUAUUUUAUCACCGUUUACCAUCAAUUGAUGAUUGUGUGCGACAUCAUCAAUGGGUUGUGCUUCUGUCACCGUCAGCACAUCGUUCACCUUGACGUGAAACCUCAGAAUGUAAUUGUUUGUCUGCUAAAAUCAGGUUGUCAAUCCGGAGGGCAGUGUCCCCACGUAAGAAACUACACCUGUAAGCUGUGUGAUUUUGGUUCCUCAAUUGUGUUGAAUGAGUUUAACCUAAAUGAAAAAUCCAGUCAUCGAGGAACUAUUCGUUACAUGGCGCCGGAGUUGCUUCGCGCGAUGGGUAACAUCUCGGAAGCGGCCGAUAUUUAUUCGCUGGGCAUCACUAUGUGGCAGUUGAUCGAGAGAAGAGAUCCGUACGAUUCGAUCGUCUCGAACGAAGCCGUUGCUUAUAACGUGGUCAAGAAAAAGUUGCGCCCCGAUAGUGUAACGACCGCGGAUAUUCGUCCGACGGAGCCAAUUACAAUCCCGCAAAGAAGUAGCGCUCUGCUGCAGGUUCCCACCACUUUUCGCUCUCGUAAAAAGAGUGAUAGUUUACUGGAACUUGGCAGGAUGAAUUUGAACCAAAAGGGUAACUCGCACAUGAGCCUUCGCAGUAGUAUUCUAGUUUCCUCCAACAACAGUCCAGGCUGCUUGCAGCAGCCAAACGUCGAUAGUGCAACCGCUGCCGUAACCGACGUCCUGAAGCAGCAGGGCAUCGACCUGCUUGGCUCCGGCUCGACAGCCGGCGGUCACGCUUUUGGCGAAUCGUGCUCAGCCGAACUAGACCCGGCUGCACUGGAUGCAAUUUUCAUGCCAUCCGUGGCUGUGCUUCCUGUCGAUCAAAAUUACAUCCGACAGGAGUAUCGUGCUUUGUACAGGAAAUGCUGGCAGCAUGAGGCGGCCCUCCGGCCCACCGCCGGCGUUGUCCGUUCCACGUUGCACGGAAUGUUGGAGCGAAUUGUUUGUUGUAAAUAG